CCUCCGCGUCCGUCACGUACUCCGGCGACUCUCACCGCCGGCCCGAUGGCCCCUCCGCUGCGCCGGCACCACACCCGGCCCCCCACCUGUCGUCCGCCGCCGUGCCUCCACCGCGUGACCUCGCUUCGUCCUCCUCCUGCCCCAACACCUCGUCUACCCGCUCCGCCUCUCCCAGUCUCCCUCCUCGCGCUCUCCUUGCUCUCCGCGUUGCCGUCCUCCUCCCCGCACGGCGCCUCCCUCUCCCUCUCCCUGUCCCGCGCAUCCUCCUCCCAGUACGCUUCCGCAUCCUCGUCCCUCUCCCACGCUUCAUCCCUCUCCUCCUUCCCACCUGCCGCCACUGUCGCCACUGCCACGCUUCGGCUUCUCGCCACCUCUUCCGCCUCCGCCGCCGUCCUUCACCCGUCACUACCCGCCAGAAUCACUCCGGAGUCAGGACCAAUAUUCGGCUUCCCACGUACCGUUCUCUGUUGUCAAGAUUCAUCAGCUCACCCUUGCCCGCGUCCUGUUCGAUGCAAUGCCGCACUCUUUGUUCUUAUGAAAUGCUGCAGUCUGGUGUUCGCCUGGUCCUUCGCGCCUCGCUGCUCUCCUGGUCCUAGGCCCUGUGACUGGGUCACCCUCCGCCUCUCCCACGCGGGCCUCACCUUGCUCACCGUCUGCGACUCAUCCGGCAUGGUCCAGGCGACAGCUCUGCCAGAAUACCUUCAAGCUUACUCUAUUGUGAAUAGGCUGAGAGUGGAAUAAGCCGAAAAGAACUGUCCCACAGUGGUUGCUGUCGAGGGGUGGUGCGGGUGUGCGGCUGUGCCCGACAGAAGCCAUCAAUGAAGACUGGGGCUAUAGAGGUUGUAUGAAGUACCAGAAUACUGAUGUUUGGUUUUAUAAUCCAAAAAGGAGUGAGAGAUGUAAGCAAGCACUUGAAUCUGAGAAAGGAAUAAUGAUCAAGGCAACACUAGUUGUCUGGUUCUGAGAAUUUAUCGUUGGGAGAGGAAAUUGAUGAGACUGAAAUGUCAUGCUUGGAGUGAAGAACCCGAUGAAACUCCUGCAAAGAAAAAGUCAAUGGAUGUUAAACAAGUGGGGAGGAAACCUGUGUCUAAGGUAAAAGAAAAGGAUUUGCAAUAAGGAUGAUGGGAAAGAAGGCUAAAUCAAUAAUUCUCUUGCUUUGAGCAAGAAUCAACUUGCUAAGGCAUCCAAGGAAAGCAAAGCUACAAGAUCUGGAAUACCUAUCAUAAUAAUUGUGCCCCAGCACUGUACGCUGACUUUUCUAUGGCUUCUAGUACAAGAAAGGAAUAGAAUCAAUAAAUGCUUCCACUGUCUAAAAAGAGAAGGGAAUCAUUAUCCAAAAAAGAGAAAGGAAUAAAGACCCUAGCUUGCAACACCUGCUAGGUAUCUCGAUGAUAUUUGAGCACAUGUAUAUAAUGAUGACACAGAUGAAAUCAUCCCACCUAUAACAUUCAAUAGAUAUGAUCAUACGAUAGGCACACACAUCCAGUUAAAGGCGGUGCAUGUGAGCUGGGUGCUCAAUACGGAAUUACUGGAGCAUUCAGUGUCUCAGCCAACAGUUGCAAAUCAAGAGAGAGCCGGCUAACUAGGAUUGCCAAGAGUACGCAAGUCGAUCCAUGGCAGAAGCUUCAAAGUUUAUUACCAUUAUGCAACUAUUCAGCGACUGGGAAAUCCAUGUAUUGAUUCUCUUGAGCUUUUGCCUGCAACUAUUCCUCUUCUUCUCCGGCAGCCUUCGGCGCCGCCACGACCAUAGGCUGCUUAGGAUCAUGACAUGGUUGUCUUACCUAUCAGCUGAUUUCACUGCAGCAUAUGCUCUGGGCCUUCUUUCACGCGAGGUUGCUACCACUUCCACUAUAGACAACAAUGAUGAUCAUCAUAAAUCAGUGCCCAGUGAAACCCCUCAUCAGCUCAUGGUAUUGUGGGCACCAUUCCUUCUUAUCCAUCUUGGAGGACAGGACACUGUGACUGCUUUUUCAUUGGAGGACAAUGAGCUGUGGUUGAGGCACCUGCUGAUGCUGCUAGGCCAAGCAUGCCUAGUUGUCUAUGUGCUGUGGAAAUGGGUGACAUUGUCAUACUACCAACUUUUAAUCUCGGCUGCAUUGUUGUUCGUUGAUGGGAUCAUCAAGUAUGGGGAGAGGAUUUGGGCACUCAAGUUGGGGAGUCAGGAAGGCCUCAGGAGUUCCACUAGCACAGAAGCUAAGAAAGCAUCCCUUCAAUUUGGACUAGGAUUCAGUACUGAAAGAAAAGAGCAGACCUAUCAAGAAAUUGUUAGGUAUGCUCUUCUCAGGGAGCGAGGCGUGCGGGAUAUAUUUGCUGGACGGAAACUCUUCGACAUGGAUGAUUUAACUCGCGAGUACUUUCUGUAUCAAUACGAUCGGGAGGUUCCGAGAGGGGAUGCCCAACUGAAUUUCAAGAGGGCGGAGAUCGAGCUUAGCAUAAUGUAUGACAGCCUCUACACAAAAUCUCGGGUGAUUCAAACAAGGUCUGGCGCCAUCCUUCGGUGUGUCUCCUUCGCCUCCAUAGUGGUUGCCUUUGUGUUCUACGUCAAGUUGAUGGUGAGUAGUAGUGCCUAUGCCGAGCAAACACCAGCAGUACACAACAGCGUCGAGUACAGAAGAAGUAAAGUUGAUGUUGCCAUCACCUACAUAUUAUUCAUUGGAGCAGUUUGCUUGGAAACUUGCUCAUUCUUCGUUGUGAUGAUCAUGUCACCGUUGGAGUGGCCAUUGUUGGAAGCUCGAGCUGGAUGGUGUCGUGUGCUGCUCACUCGAGUGGCCUGGCCUAUGUUCAUGAGGAUCCAACCAGAGACCAAGCCGUGGUGGUCAAACUCAAUGGGACAGUACAACUUCUUGAGCUCCUGCUGCAACAAAAGCAGAAGCACGGACAGAAGGUGGAGUAGCACCGUCAUCAUGUCAAAGAUGGCAGGCGUAUUUGGAGCUAGUGAGCUGUGGAACAAGAUAAGCAACACCAAGCAUGCCCACGUCACAAGGGAGAUGAAGGAGCUUAUCCACGAAACAAUAGGCCAUGAUAGGGGGUGGCUUCCUGAGCGCAUCUGCGUUCCAAGUGCUUAUAGAUCACUACUUGUCCUCCCCUUCGAGAAGGCCUUGCUGUCGCUACACAUUUGGACAGAUGUGGUGAUGCACAAGGUGGCGAAGUCGGUGAUGGUUAGCAGCAGUGGUCGGCUCCCGAUUGACAUGGCCGCCCAAGAGCAAGACCAAGAGGCAGCACAGCGGUGGCGGCGUCUUAUGGAUAACUGCAAGAGGCUAUCUGAGUACAUGUUGUACCUGCUGGUGGCGCAACCUGCCAUGCUACCUGUGAGCAGCAACGUGCAGGAUUUUAUGGUAGCAGCGGCUGCCUCAGACUGGUCCAGGGGUGCCUCCUCCAACAGAAAGGUGCAGGAUUUUAUGGUAGCAGCCGAUGUUGCCUCCAGAAAGGAGAAUUUUCUUGAGUGGUUGCCUUCAGAAUAUGAGGGUCCUGGUCUGGGCUUCUGGGAGGAGCAAAGGGUGGUGCUAGAAAAUCAACAGGGCAUCAAUGCCGAGCUGGCGAUACUAGAGAAGGUGUGGGUGCGGAUGCUCGUCUAUGCAGCCGGAAAGUCCCGCCCGGAAGAGCAUGCCCGGCGCCUGAGCACUGGGGGAGAGCUCAUUACCUUCGUUUGGCUGCUGAUGGCGCAUCGGCGUACUGGUGACGUGGAGCGCAGUAUCAGCCUUAUCAAAGAUGAUUUCAGCGCAGGACAUCUUUUCGAGCUAUCUACUGCUAGCAUACCAUACUGCAGGCAAAUUGAGAUGGAGGAGUCAAUUACUACUUGACUUAAUUGAUUGCUUCCAUGCUGGUGUGGUGUGGAGACCCAAGGAGUGGUCUGAACAAUAUUGAUGCACUGCACAUCUAUUUCAGCACAGACUCCGGCCGUCAGUUAUGGAGACGUUGCUAUAUGUGCAAAGGGUAGUCAUGACAUUGCUUGCUUCAUCAUCGCAAUAGCAACUGUCCAUGGUGAGGUUAAUGCCCUGUACUACGGUCCGCAGUAAUAAAUAAAUAAAUGCCCAGAAAUAUCAGUAGUCGGUUCUUUCAGGCCUGGUCCAUUGAGGGGGUGGGGAGGUGGUGCUCGAUAGGAUCAGGCGGGGGUUUCCCUUCCUACUCUCUCUUCCUUGUAUGAUCUUUAAUUCAUGCUGUUUUUUUUUUUUUGGCUUGGCUAGCUAGCUGCUCAACUUGUAUUGUGCCCGUGAUGUUGUAAUAAUAGGCUAGUUGCUUAUAUGUAUUAACAAGAAGUUGUUCGAUCUUCUUUACAUUUAUGCCUGCUACUGCUAGCUAGCUGUUUACUUAUCCUUAUCAAGGCCACAUGUUUUUAUAUAUGUU